AUGUCACUCAAUGGCCUUGACACACCAGAGGUUCAGGAUGCAUAUCAGUCCGCGAUCGCAGAGGCCGGCGGGUGGUUUCUGCUCAAGUACACCUCGAGGGACUCGAUAGAGCUGUUGGGUCGAGGCAAGAGCGGAGUGUCGGAGGCGCGCAAUGCGAUCCUGGGCUAUUCAGAGGCAUCGCCGCUGUAUGGCCUGAUCAUAUACCGGCGGCGGAGGAUACUCAUCAAAUGCAUACCAGACGGGACUUCGCGACUGCUGCAGGCGCGAACCGCCGUUCACCUCCAAGACAUCCUCGAACGAUAUUCGCCCUACGAAACGCUGCUCGAGAUUACGAAUGGAGAGGGUCUCAACGACACCGCGCUUGCAGCCUCGUUCCAGCUGCGCACAGCUUCUGCAUCGCCUUCACCCUCGCCAUCGACGAAGCGACUUGACGAGAUCAGCGAAGAUGCGGAGGAUAAUGGGGAAGGUGCAGAUGGCCAGGCGCGGGCGGAGACGUCGUCGAAUAGCUUGUCUGCCCCGCCAAGGCCUAAGAUGGAUCGCCGGGCAGAACACAUGAAGAAGUUUGGGAAACGGACAUCUUCACUCGGGGUCGGCAAAUCUCCGCAGCUACUCGGACAACAACGCGCUGCUUCACCUGCGUCACCUCUCAAGCAGUCCAUGUCGCAGUACCUUGUCCACGAAGAAGCAGGACACACUUCGAUCACGCCGCUGGAAACGCCUCUGCCGGAAGUCUCUUUACCUGUGGAGUCUGACGAUACGGAAGCUGUCAAGCAGGACUCUGCGCAGCAUUCGAAAGAAGUGCAGGACAUUUCUGAUUCAGCGUCGCAAAGAACCGCUACCGACGCCUCGGACGCCACAGAGGUGCCCGUCUCGCCCAAACCAUCCUCCAAACAGCCCUCGUCCGCAGCAGAAAUGCGCGAUCGCGAUUUGCCAGCCCUUCCCGCCGAGGGAAGUGCAUCCAGCACACAAAAGAGUUCAAGAACAGGAAGGAGCGCAAGCAUGAGCGAGCGAACAGUGUCAACACACUCCUUAGCCGACGAUCCCUACGGUUUCAGUAAAUUCGACGAGUUGUUCAAACCUAAGGUGAAGCUGGCUCCUAGACCUGUCCACUCCCCGGAGAAGAUCCAGAGUCCUGCAGUAGCCAGAACAUCUGCACUGCCAGCGAGCUUUCGGCCCGCGAACAGAAAGCAGGAGACGCUCAGGCCGAAGUCUUCUGGAAACGGGCUUGCUGUACCUGCGCGGCCAACGCCACCUGCGCCUACAGCAUACAUUACACCACCGCCACCUCCGGUUCCUGAGACUCCAGAUUACUCCGCACGGCCUACUACGCGAGGGAGUGUCAGAUCUGCGCCUUCUCACAAAUCGCACGGCAUGACGCCCGACAAGAUCAGGCUGAUGAAAGCCGUGGAGUUGAGACGAAGGCAGCUUCGUAAAUCCCAGGAACCACCUUCGAGACCGACAUUUGAUGACGAUGCACCCGCGAUUCCGAAGGUCCCGGAUGUGUCAGAUAGUAUCCCAACGAGAACAAUCAAGAUCAUAAGGACCCCUGAGGCAGCUUCUGAACAGGAAGCAGCGACUGACGAGGAGGAGCAACCACAAUCGAGUAAAGCAGACUCGGGCAUCGAGAUGCAUUAUAGGAAGCAGGAUAAGGCCAGUGGCGAUCGUGAUUUGCAAUCCACGCCAAGUGCAUCCAAGCCGAGUACACCAGAACCAGGAACCAUACCUACGAGUCAGUCGACAGGCACCCCGGUUCCCCCGCCUAUUAUUCAGGAAUCACCCAAGGAGAUCGAUAACGCGUCAGAGGAAACGAACUCGCAAUUGCAGCCCGACGAUGCUGCAUCCAUUGAAAGCAAAACGCCCACUGAGCGAUCGGAGUUUUUUGUGCAAGAACCUGCGUCUACAGAAGAGCUUCCUGUUCCAACCAUCAUCAUGGCGGACGGAUCGAGGCCAAUGACCUCGGAUGAACCCAUCCUUCAGCCCGCCGUAGAAGCCGACGGUGAGGGUUCCACGGUGGAAGACUCUGGCACUGAGGUUCCGGAAGAAUCGCCAUCGUCCCCUAGGCGGCAGAACAGUGAUCUGGCCAAGCGUCGCCGUGGUUAUGUCGAGCCUUUGCAGACAGACUUGAACUCUGGAAAUCCUGACGACUUCACAUCUGACGACGACGACUUGCUGGAUGAGCUGCAUAGCGCCAUCAUUGUAGAAGCAACGCCCGUCACCGUUGCAAGAUCUCCCCUGACACCAACACUCCCCGGGCGUCGUCCUAGCGCCGACACGUUAGCGUCUGUCAGGUCAGUGAAUAUCACCAGGAUGGGAUCGUCCCCUACAGACAAGGGCUCAGAUGAACGAUUGGCGCCGGACUUGUCUCGUAUGGUCGUCCCAAGGACCCUGACUCCACCUGGCGAGAAGAGGGACUCCACGUCAGGUUUGUCACGAAAUGUAUCGUCGGAAAUCUCCAAGAGGAUCCAGGCUCUGUCUCUACAAUCACGGCCGUUGACUCCGGAAGUCUCGCCAAAUGGAUUCGCACCGCGACCCACGAGAUCAGGACCUACAUCUUACCGCCGGCACAGCAGCAAUCGUGCUGCCCAUUCUCCAGCGAGAAGUGGUGCUCCAGAGAACGCGCCAGUCUGGAGUGUUCAACGUGAUCCUGCGACCAACAGAAACUCCGUCUCGGUGACUGCGCGUAUUGUUCGACCGAAUGUGAUCAGCGAGAGCGUGGCCGAGGAUAGUCGCGAAGCACUGCAGCAGUCAGAGUACGUGGUCAACAAUGAGCGGGAUGCUGGAAGACCUGGAAACCGUCCAGCAUCGAUUCGUACUGCCAAAACUCAGUCGGAGACAUCCACGCCAGCAUUAUCGCCGGUCUUGUCGCGCAGCUCGACCGAAGCGCGAACGAUGCAUUCGGCAGGAAACAGUCGAUUCGGCCGGCACAAGCAUCAGAACUCCUCCAUACCCGUCUCCACACCAGGACUGGAUGAGUUUCCUCCACCACCAGGUACCCGGACAGGCGGCUCAACGCCUUCUAUUCGAUCGAACGAUGAGAAUGCUGCUCCUAAGGAGGGUAGCAAAGCAAGUCGUUUCAUGAAGCGCAUGAGCAUAUUACCGUUCGGAGGCUCUAACAAGCGCAAGAGUGGAGCUCAACAGCAGAGCAGCGCGGCGAGCCUUUUUGAGUAUGAGACGAUCGGUGCGGCCGCACCCACUCCCGGUACCACAGGAACAAACAGUCGGGUGAGCUCGGUCCACGAGAAAUCCGACACACCUCCCGCAGUCGUAGUUGGCGAUCUCAACGUGCAGUUUCCUGAUUCCUUGUUAUGGAAGCGUCGGAUCGUGACGAUCGACGACUCUGGAUAUCUGCAAUUCGCCAUCGCCCAAGCCAUGGAAAUUCACAAAGGCGUUGCGCUGAAGAAGUUCGCCCUGAACGACUUUAAGCUCCCCUACGUACCGGACCUCGACAUGCAGGAGCUGUCCUACUCCAUCAUGCUCGAGUUUCACGACGGCACCACACUACAGACGGCCUGCGAAGAUGCCAUGACGCAGCGCCAAGUCUUACACAUCUUGAAGACAUACUGGAAGGCCUGGGCAUAA